CGCCUGCGGCGGCUCUGCGUAUCAUGGCGGGCCACGGCACGCUACCGCACUCUUCCGCUGGGCCCCAGAAAGUUUCGCUUCUGCCCAGCGGUGGACCCACGAGCGCGUGCCACCAUGGAGUCUGACCACUGCUGACCGGACCCAGGCGGGAGGCGCAUAGGGGAGAAGGGUGACCUGCACCCAUCGCCAUGGCUUCCCCCAUGGCAGAGAGCCAGCUCCAGAGAAUCAUCCGCGAUUUGCAAGAUGCGGUGAUGGAGCUAAGCAAAGAGUUUAAGGAAGCAGGGGAGCCCAUUACGGACGACAGCACCAGCCUGCACAAGUUUUCUUAUAAACUUGAGUAUCUCCUGCAAUUUGAUCAGAAGGAGAAGGCCACCCUUCUGGGCAACAGGAAGGACUACUGGGAUUACUUCUGCGCCUGCCUGGCCAAGGUGAAAGGAGCCAAUGACGGGAUCCGAUUCGUCAAGUCGAUUCCGGAGCUCCGAACAUCUCUGGGGAAAGGAAGGGCCUUUAUCCGCUACUCCCUGGUGCACCAGAGGUUGGCAGACACCUUACAGCAGUGCUUCAUGAACACCAAGGUGACCAGUGACUGGUACUACGCAAGAAGCCCCUUCCUGAAGCCGAAGCUGAGCUCCGACAUCGUAGGCCAGCUCUACGAGCUCACCGAGGUCCAGUUUGACCUGGCGUCCAGAGGCUAUGACUUGGACGCUGCCUGGCCAACGUUUGCCAGGAGGACGCUGGCCCCUGGCUCUUCGGCUUACCUGUGGAAACCUCCCAGCCGCAGCUCCAGCAUGAGCAGCUUGGUGAGCAGCUACCUGCAGACUCAGGAAAUGGCCUCCAGCUUUGACGUGAGCAGCCCCCUAAACAACGAGGCGCUCGAGGGCUUUGACGAGAUGCGGCUGGAGCUGGACCAGCUGGAAGUGCGGGAGAAGCGGCUGCAGGAGCAGAUGCAGCAGCUGGACCGAGAGAACCAGGAGUUGAGGGCAGUGGUCAGCCUGCAGGCCGAGCAGCUGCAGGCGGAGAGGGAGAGGGGCCGCGCCACUGCCGAGGACAAGGCCCGCCUCACCCACGAGGUGGCCCAGCUGCAGAAGCAGCGGGAGGUCACGCAGGCCGCCCAGAGCGCCGUGGAGCAGUUCCAGAAAUGCCUGCAGGCCCUGGAGCUGGGGGCAGCAGAGAAGGAGGGGGAUUACCGCUCAGCCCUGCGGCGGCUGGAGUCCGUGCUGGAGCCCCUGCUGCAGGAGCUUGAGGCCGCGCGGGACCCGCUGGGCAGGAAGAACCAGCGUUCGGCUGAUGUCCCGGACCGGCUGGGUGCGGCUGAGCAGAAGGCAGAUAGGGCACCGGACACGGAGGCGCAGCGAGAGCUCCUCCCCGGGGACUUGGCCCUGGAGGUCCAGGAGCUGCGGGAGAAGCUUCAAGCCCUGGAAGGAGAGAGCUGCAAGGCUCAGGAGCUCCACAGGCAGCAGAGUGCCCAGCUCGAGCAGCUGGCCGGGGAGCUGGAGCGGAAGGAGGAGGCCCGGGCCGGCCUGGAGCGCCUGCUGGAGGAAAUGGCCCCAGUCCAGGAGGAGCUGGCCGGGAAGGGGCAGGAGGCGGCCCAGCUGCGGCGACAGCUACGGGAGGCCCUAGGCCACCUGAGUUCCCUUGAGCAGGAACUGGCAGACGUGAGGCAGGAGGACCGGCAGCGGCGAGAGGAGAAGGAGCUGCUGGAGCAGGAGGCCAGGUCUCUGGCGCGGCAGCUGCGGCUCCUGGAGACCCGGGUGGCCCAGCUGAGCCAGCACGUGGGGGACCUGGAGGAGCAGAAGAAACAGCUCAUCCGGGACAAAGACCACCUCAGCCAGCAGGUGGGGAUGCUGGAGCGGCUCGCCGUGCAGCGAGGCCCGGAUCUGCCCGUGGCAGGGGAGAAGCCCACCACCCAGGGUGCGCCAGACUCCAGCCUGCAACAGGUCUUUGAGAAGCCGGAGGAGGAGCAGAGAAGCCCCCAGGAGGGCCAGUCAGGUGACACCCAGAUGCGAGAGAGCGGCCAGGAGGAGAAGCUCCAGCAGGCCAACAGGGAGCUGGAGAAGGAGCUGCAGAACGUGCUGGAGUGCAACCAGCUCCUUGAGGGCAAGCUGCAGGCGCUGCAGGCUGAUUACCAGGCCCUGCAGCAGCGGGAGGCAGGCAUCCGGGGCUCCCUGGCCUCCCUGGAGUCUGAGCAGGCCAGCAUCCGUCACAUGGGGGACCAGAUGGAGGCGAGCCUCCUGGCCAUGAAGAAGGCCAAGGAGACCAUGAGGGCGCAAGUGGCCGAGAAGGAGGCCGCCCUGGAGAACAAGCAGGCCGAGUGCCGGCAGCUGCAGGAGGAGGUCGGGCGUUGCCGGCAGCUGGCGGAGGCCCGGGAGAGGGAGCUCAGGGCUCUCGAGAGCCAGUGCCACCAGCAGACCCAGCGGAUCGAGGCCCUCAUGGCAGAGCAAGGCCAACGGGGGCUCAGCGCACCUGACGACAGUGCACCCCAGGAGCCAGCCACCCCGCUGGCCCUGUGUCAGGCCCAGGUGGAGACCCAGCAGGGGGAAGCCGGGCACCCGCCAGCUGGGGUGCUGGACCUUGAGGCCAAGCUCCAGGCAGCCCUGGGUGACCUCGAGAAGGUACAGGGCCAGCUGAGCGUGGCCGAGGCUGCUCUGAGGGAGCACAGGGCCCUGGUGCAGCAGCUGAAGGAGCAGAAUGAAGCCCUCGGGAAGGCCUCUGGUCGGGAGCCGCUGCAGCGCUCGGAGCAGGAGAGGACUGAGGAGGAGGUGGAGGAGGAGGAGCGGUCCAGGACAGAAUCCGGCUCCCAGGAAGCCCGGCUGGAACAGGCAGAGCCGCCAGAGCGGCUGCCCGGGGCCAGCCCAGCCGCCGACAAGCCCAGCAUCCAUACCUGCAUGCCGCUCGCCGAGAAAAAGCAGGCCGAGGAGGCCCUGGCCCGCGCCCUGCAGGAGCUCCGUGACGCCAAAGAGGCGGCCUCGAGGCAGCGAGAGGGCCUGGAAGAGCAAGUGGCAGGCCUGCAGCAAGAGAGGGACGGCUUGCAGGAAAGGCUGAAGGUGGCCGAGGAGGCAGCCCGCUCCCUGCCUGGCCUGCAGGCCCAGCUGGCCCAGGCCGAGCAGCGGGCCCAGAGCCUCCAGGAGACCUCACACGAGGAGCUCAACGCCCUCAGGUUCCAGCUGAGCACGGAGAUCAUGGACCACCACAGUCGACAGAAGACUGCCAGUGAAGAGUGCCGGAGCCUCAGGGACCAGCUUGAGGAGCGAGGCCGGCAGCUGCAGGCCGCCGAGGAGGCCGUGGAGAGGCUGAAGGCCGCCCAGGUGGAUCUGGGAGAGCAGCUGAGCAGCACCAGCCAGCGUCUUUCCGAGAGCCAGGCUGCCGUGCAGAAGAAGGAUGAGGAGCGGGCCGCCUUGCGCGAGAGCUUGGACAGGACCCAGAAGGAACUUGAAAAAGCCACAACAAAAAUCCAAGAGUAUUACAACAGACUCUGCCAGGAGGUGACAGACCGGGAGAAGAAUGACCAGAAGAUGCUCGCGGACCUCGAUGACCUGAAUAGAACCAAGCAGUACCUGGAGGAACGGCUGAUCGAGCUUCUCAGGGACAAGGAUGCUCUGUGGCAGAAGUCAGAUGCCCUGGAAUUCCAACAGAAGCUCAGUGCUGAGGAGAGGUGGCUCGGGGACACAGAGGCAAGCCACUGUCACGACUGCAAGCGAGAGUUCAGCUGGAUGGUGCGGCGGCACCACUGCAGGAUCUGCGGCCGCGUCUUCUGUUACUACUGCUGCAACAACUACGUCCUGACCAAGCACAGUGGCAAGAAGGAGCGUUGCUGCCGAGCCUGCUUCCGGAAGUUCAGCGACGGCCCUGGCUCCCCUGACAGCGCCAGCUCGGGCACCAGCCAGGGGGAGCCCAGCCCUGCACUGUCGCCAGCCCAGGCUGGGCCCCAGGCUGCCAGAGGCCAAGACGCUGACUACAGGCCGCCAGACGAUGCCAUGUUUGACAUCAUCACAGAUGAGGAGCUGUGCCAGAUCCAGGAGUCCGGAUCCUCCUUGCCCGAAACACCCACCGAAACUGACUCCCUUGACCCAAACUUGCCUGAACAGGACACCAUGUCAACCUCGCUAACCCCUGAGGACACUGAAGACAUGCCGCCAGGACAGGAUGCUGAAAUCUGCUUGCUGAAGUCUGGAGAGCUGAUGAUAAAACUACCUCUCACGGUGGACGAGAUCGCCAACUUCGGGGAGAGCAACAGGGAGCUGUUCGUGCGGUCCAGUACCUACAGCGUCAUCCCCAUCACCGUGGCCGAGGCAGGCCUCACCAUCAGCUGGGUCUUCUCCUCCGACCCCAAGAGCAUCUCCUUCAGCGUGGUCUUCCAGGAGGCAGAGGACACACCGCUGGAUCAGUGUAAGGUCCUUAUCCCCACGACCCGGUGCAGCUCCCACAAGGAGAACAUUCAGGGCCAGCUCAAGGUCCGCACGCCGGGCAUCUACAUGCUCAUCUUCGACAACACCUUUUCCAGGUUUGUCUCCAAGAAAGUGUUUUAUCACUUGACAGUUGACAGACCUGUGAUCUACGAUGGAAGUGACUUCCUGUAGCCUCAAGCACCUGGAUUCUAGAUUCUGAUAGUUUCACUUUAUCCACAGGAAACACUACUCUUGCUCACCUGUCACAUAAAGCACUAAAAAAAAAAAAAAAAAA